AUGUUGAGUCCAUCAACGUCCAAGACCGCCGCAAUGGAGGCGAUUCUUCUCUCCUCGCACUCGUUGAUGGGCUCGCCAAUCAAGCGCCCUUCUGCACGACCUCGAACACCACCACCAACCAACAUCUCCUCGUCAGCUUUACACCCAAGUACGCCCAGGUCGCAGAAAUCGCACAAAAUAACCAUGCCCGCAACACCACGUCAAGCAUCGACACCUACAACCCCUUGCGUGCCUCGAAAGCGCUCCCUCUCAGAGUACGACCCUUCCUCAGAGCCCGUCACACCAAAGCGCGCCCGCACAACACCUCGCACACACUUCACGCCCUCUAAGCCCAGUCGCGGUCGCAAGAAGAAGGUGCUCACAUUCGACCAUGUAACAUGUAUUCCCAUGCAUGUCCUCAGAGCACAGAAGGACGAUACAAGUGCGCUGCUCAGACCGCUGCCGAGGAGGAGCGAUGCACUGAGAAAGCUGGUCGACAUAAGCAUUGAGAGCGAGAUGGAGAAGAUUCGGUCGCCAGGAUGUACUGGAAUCUUGGAAGCGGCGGUUUGGUCGCCGAAGAAGGGGCGUGGGGUGAAGAAGUGA